GGUCCCCACUGCACUGCGCAUGGGCUGGCAUCCCUCCUCUUCUCCAACUGCCCCUUGGAUUUCCGCCAGCGUCGCGAACAUUCUGAAGGCGGUUGGCUGCGUGCUGCCGGUUACCGACAUGUCUGAUGAGCAAGGUUCCCUGAUGGGAGGCGAGGAGCCAGUGGCGACAGGCACCUGCCGUGCGUGCUCCAUGAAGCAGGUGGAGGAGGAGGAGGGGGAGCCGCCAAAGAUGGAAGUGGUGGUGGGGGUGGACAGCUGCUCUGACGACCUCAGCUCCGGGGACCCCGAGCUAGACUGUCACCUCCUGGGUCAGACCGAGGACGAGGAGAAGUGUCGGAACAUCCGCAAGCAAUACCGGCAGCUCAUCUACAGUGUCCAGCAGAACCGAGAGGACAUAGUGAACACGGCCAGCGACUCCUUAACCGAGGCCCUCGAGGAAGCCAACGUCCUAUUUGAUGGAGUGAGCCGAACGAGAGAGGCUGCCCUCGAUGCCCAGUUUCUUGUUUUGGCUUCUGAUUUGGGUAAAGAAAAAGCAAAGCAGUUAAAUUCUGAUAUGAGCUUUUUUAAUCAAGUAGCGUUUUGUGACUUUCUGUUUGUAUUUGUGGGCCUCAAUUGGAUGGAAGACGAAUGUGAUGAGUUGAGUGGUUGUGAUGACAGUAUCUCUCUUUCCUUUUGGGAGACAGUACAGAAGGAAGCAACAUCCUGGAUAUUGCAAGCUGAAACAUUCCACUUUAUUUUUGGUUCAUUCAAGUCUGAGCCUUUUGUACGAAAGCCCCGACUUGAACAUCACAAAAAAUUUCGCAAAAUGGAAGGAAAUGGGGAUAUGCCUACAAAGUUGAGGAAGUUGGACCUGAGUACCAACCAAGAAGCAACAGAAAAAGAAGUAGAAAGAAUCUUGGGAUUGUUGCAAACCUACUUUCGAAAGUAUCCUGAUACUCCUGUGUCCUAUUUUGAGUUUGUGAUUGAUCCAAACUCUUUCUCUCGUACAGUGGAGAAUAUAUUCUACGUUUCUUUUAUUAUAAGAGAUGGCUUUGCAAGAAUAAGGCUUGACCAAGACAGGCUGCCAAUAUUAGAGCCAAUUAAUAUUAACCAAAUGGGUGAAGGAGGUGAUCCCAGUUCCUUUGGUAGGAAGCAAGGAGUUAUAUCUCUGAGUUUACAGGAUUGGAAAAAUAUUGUGGCAACUUUUGAAAUUUCAGAGGCUAUGAUUACAAACUCAUAUUAGAUUUUUGUUCCUAGUAUAAGAAUCAGUUUUGUUUUUCUGAAGUAUUUCAAAACAGCAAAAUCUGAACAGAAGUGCACACAUUAUAUUUCUUGUAAAGCAAAAUAUUUUCAAGAAUAUUGAAAAUUGUUUUUCUGUGUAAUGUGUUUUGGUAAUUUAUGAGGUUGUGAUCUAUUAUUAAAAAUUUUCACUGGCAUACUUAUGGGAAAUAUUUUUUUGAAUGCUCUAUAAAAUCUACAUUAAUAAAAAAUUUUUAAAUUCUUAAUUUUGUAAACUAAAAACAUUGGCCAACUUGCAAAAAAAAAAAUCAGAAUGAUAUGUGAUACUGUUUUGCUUCCUCUCUGGUAGUGAAGCAAGGAGAAUCCCAUUAAGUUGAGGUGAGAGUGGGUAAAAAGUUGCUCAAGAAAAGCAUUAAGGUAGUAAAUAUGCACUAUUACAACUUAAAAAAAGUUAGAUGCUGUGCUUCACUGCAGAGAAUAAAUAAUUUCUAAAUGAUUUCUUCUGUAAGCUGACUCAGCAAAUUUGUGUGACUACUGCUCAGUUACUAGACAAAAUAUCAAAUAAGGGCUGAAAGGGGAGUAGGAAUUGGGAGAUGGGAACAGCAUUCUAGGCAGGGAAGUAAUAAGGGCAAAUGCAUAAGUCAUGGCAUAAGAGAACCUUUAGAUUUAGGGGAAACAAUUCUGCUUGAAUGUGAAGCUAUGUGAGAAUUGCAUGACUUCAUCUGUUAGUAUCCUUAGGAAGUUUUUUGUCUCACAAAUUCCUCUAAUAUGGAUUGGGAUGGGAUUGUGGUUCAGUGGCAGAGCACUUGCCUCGCGUGUAUGGGGCACUCGGUUCGAUUCUCAGCACUACAUAAAAAUAAAGAUUAUUGUGUCCAUCUACAACUAAAAAAAAAAACAUUAAAAAAAUCCCUCUUAUAUGCUUAUUUGUAAGCUUUUUGUGCUUGGUUAAUGUCUUUUCUGGCCCAUACGUUCUCUUUAUGUAUCUGCUAAUAAAAAAAUGUCCUUCAGAAUCA